AUGAAAGUGUAUUGGUCUGUUCCGGCUAAUGAUGCCAUCAUGCGAUCUACUUUGAACGGAUCGGAUUUGGAGGUCUAUCGGAGCGGGCUGACGAAUCCAUAUGGAGUCGUGGUGGACAAGCCGACUGCGACGAUCUAUUGGUCUGCUCAGCAGGCGAUUCAACGCGCUUGGCUUCCAGAUGACAGCGGUGCUGUAGAGGACUGGGUCAAUGCGUCUGCAGGACUUCGAUCUCCCAUGGGCCUAGCGUUGGAUGAGAAGAAUCGAGUUCUCUACUGGGCGGAUCAGACCUUGGGAAAGAUUCAGCGAAAACCCCUUGACGGCGGGCCAAUAGAAGAUGUGGCAGACAACAUCGAAGAGCCUAGCGGAGUCGCAGUGGAUGCGGAGGGUGGCCAGGUCUUCUUCCUGAGCUUUGAUUUGGGAAUUGUGUACGGCCGCGACAUUGACCUCUCAGACGACAAGUACGAGGUGGCCACCACGUAUUCUCCGUAUGGAAUUGUUGUGGAUGCGACCAAUGAGAAGCUGUACUGGUCGAGCCGAUCUGACAACGAGAUUCAGCGCUGGGACAUAGGCUUCUUUGGCCAAGCUGCGGAGACCUUCCUGUCUGGUUUGAACAAGCCAAUGGGGCUCACCAUCGAUGCUGAUGCCGGGAUGCUCUACUGGGUUUCCGAGGGCACCCAGAUGCUUCACCGCGCCGCCUUGGACGGUUCUGGAGGUGUCGAAGAUCUUGCGCCUGCUGCCGAGGGCUUGGCAGUGCCAUACUACUUGUCGGUAGGCUACUACGCCGAACUCGAGGUAGCUCCGAGCACAACCACAAGUACACGGUCUUCUGCGACCACCAGCUCAUCCACCAUGAGUGCCACAACAGGAACGACUACGUCUUACACUGUCACAACGUCCACCGAUCCACACGCCACUAUAACCAGCACUACAUCGACAACUUUAGUGUCCAGCACCACCACAUCGAGAACCCAGACGCGCAGCACAACAUGGACGGAGACAACAACCUAUACUACAAUUUCGUCCAGCACAACGCUUUCAUCCACAAUCACCACGCUCUCCACGUCGACAACCACGACCACAAACACAUUGAGCACAAUUUCCUCGAGCACGGACACAACAGCCAGCUCAACCACUAGCUCACGAACUUCAGCAACAACCUCUACCUCAAGCACGACCCGCACGUCUGCAGAGCUGACGCUGACCAUGACCACAACCCUUUCCAGUACCAGGAGUACAAGCUACACAACUUCCGCGACCACUUCUGUGACGAGUCUAUCCACCACGCCCACAUCAACAAGUGCCGUCAACACGUCAACUUCCUCGACGACGCGGACCGAACGGACUUCGACCAUGCCUUCGAUCACCGCUACGACCUCGUCCUCGAGUACGUCCACAACUACGAAUUCGAGAACCAGUGCGGGCACGAGCACAACAUUGAGUUCUUCGUCAAGCACAACAACUACAAGCUCGAACGAGACUGGCUUCAUCCUGCCCUUGGCGCCGGUGUCGGCUUUGGAGGAGGACAGCUUCGUGACUGCCGCUGUCGUGGCAGUCACCUCUGGGGUGGUCUCCCUUUCUGUCUUCGUGGCAGGAGUUGUCAUCCUCAAAAAGCUCGGUAUGGUACAACCAAGUGCGCAGCUUGGUGCAAGCCUUUGCAAGCGGCUGGCACCAUCAGCAGCGAACGGGUUGCCCACGCGGAGCAUUUUCCGCCGGUGGUGCAAACGAUCAACACUCGUGGAGGAGAUUCCGGGCAAGACAGACUUGGGACAAGAUCCUUCCAAGGGCACGGAGGAUGAGCAGGCAGAGACACCGAGAAGCAACAAGCCCGACUCUGAUGUCAAGGAGGGCAGCCUCCGCAGCGUGGCAAAGAGGCCCAGCCACGGUGAGAUGCAGGUUCCGGAGACUCCUGUGGACAUGGAGGAGCCGCGUUGGUCCACUGAUGCUGGAGACGGCUUUCUUCAGGCCUUGCAGGAGAUCUUCAUGUCGUCGACAGCAAAGCAACUCCCACAGAAGCUGGCGGAGCUCUUCGAGACCUGGCAUCGCAGCGACUUCCUGCCAGGCAGCCCUGAGAUGAUGCCGGCAAGCGUCAUCGAGACUGCCAAGGAGGUGCUGCUGAAUCCUCAUCUACUGGGAAGUGAGGACCCCAACCUGGCCGACCCUGAGCUCGCGAAGCUGCAGGCAACCAUUGAUGUGGCGUGGCAAAAGCAUUGCAGAUCUGAGGAGACGCUGCCAGAGGCGGAGCGCGAUGUCGUCGUAUGGGCAAGCUCGGAACUGCUUCACGAUCUGCGGCAAGUCCUUCAUGUUGGUAGCACCAUUCCCAACACCGAUGUUCUUCGGGAGCUGGCUCGUGUGCGGGCAGAUUGGCGCACUCGAUCUGUGGCACGUGCGCACUUUGCCCGAGAUGAGGCAGCGGCCACGGCCCUUCAGAGUAUAGAGAUGGCUGCCAGCAGUGUCAUCAUGCGAAAGAUCUAUUCUACAGGCCAUCCCACGGAGUCGCAGGGGGUGAAGGUCACUGCAUCGGCGGAGGAGAAUCAGGCAAAUCUCCUACAGCGCUUGGAGAAGCUUUCCGUGAACAGCAAGCAAAAAGGCAUUGAGAUGAAGCUUCGGACAGCAGGAGAUGAGCUCUUGGCAGAGCUGUCUCGGCUCUUUGAAACCCGAAGAGGUGUGCCGAUCUCUGAGGCUGCGGAGAUCGCGGCGCGAUGGCGCCAGCGCCAUGCAGCUGUGCACCCACCUCGGCUAGAGGCCAUGUGGUCUGAAGCAGAAGGCAUCAUUGCGCAGGCAGCAUCCUCCAGGUCUUCGGACUUCGCAAAGAUCAGGGCAGCCAUCGAGGAGGCCUGGCAAAGGAAUUCUGCGAAAAGGAUGGAGGCUUACGGUGGCGACGACUUGCUGAAUGACUUGCAGAAGCUCUUCGACGACAGUUGGAGGCAUCCGGAAGCAGACCUGCGACCGGAAAUUGCCAGAAUUUGCGAGAGCUGGAAGAGGAAACAGAUGGAGGCUAAGAACCUGUCCCUCGUCUCGGACGGAGCGAAUGUCCUUGAGCAGUUGUCUGCAUCCCUCCAGCAUGUGGUGAGCCAGAAGGGCAGCAGCGGAUUGGACGGUGCCGUUCUGGGAACGGGUGAUUUCGCGAGGAUGCGGCCUGCAAUCGAAGAGGCUUGGAGGCAGCAGUUGGAACGUGAAGACAACACCCGCCAAUCUGCAACGCUGCCACCAGUGCAGCCCAGCGUGGCACAGGCCUAUGGUGGCGACGACUUGCUGAAUGACUUGCAGAAGCUCUUCGACGACAGUUGGAGGCAUCCGGAAGCAGACCUGCGACCGGACAUUGCCAGAAUUUGCGAGAGCUGGAAGAGGAAACAGAUGGAGGCUAAGAACCUGUCCCUCGUCUCGGACGGAGCGAAUGUCCUUGAGCAGUUGUCUGCAUCCCUCCAGCAUGUGGUGAGCCAGAAGGGCAGCAGCGGAUUGGACGGUGCCGUUCUGGGAACGGGUGAUUUCGCGAGGAUGCGACCGGCAAUCGAAGAGGCAUGGAGGCAGCAGUUGGAACGUGAAGACAACACCCGCCCAUCUGCAACGCUGCCACCCGUGCAGCCCAGCGUGGCGCAGGCAUAUGGCGGCGACUUCUUGUUCAACGACGUGUUGAAUCUUUUCAAUGCCGGCUGGGAAUAUCAUCUGGACUCGGAAAGCAAGAUAGAACUCGCACAGGUAUGUGAGACCUGGAAAGCGCGCCAGUUGGAAGCACAGGGGCUCUCUGCUGGUUCUGAUGUGGCAGUCGUGCUGCAGAAGCUAUCCCAGUCGCUACAGGGUGUGGUGCAGCGGCACGGACUCUUAGACGCCAAGGGCUUUGCAGAGUUGCGGCCUGAGAUCGAGGAUGUAUGGCAGCGCCAGCUUCGCUCUGCAUCUGUGUCCCGCCCUCGAAGUCUCGAACCAUCGGGCUUCGCUGUGGAAGAGGUGUAUGGCGGUGCCGAUCUGCUCGAUGCGUUGGAGAGGCUGCUCGCGGAUGGGCCUGGGGCAUCGAACUUGCGGCCCGAGCUGUCGUCUUUGUGCGAGCAGUGGCAAUCGAGGCAACGGGAGGCUCUGAGUGCAGGAGUGGAGCAACUGGCAAAAAGCGCCGUCUCAGCGAUCUCAGCUCCAGCGACCUCGGACUUCGGCUUGUUUCGAGCGGAGAUCGAGAGGCUUUGGAGCCGGGAGCUCCAAGUGCAGACUGUCCAGGCCUAUGGUGGAGAUGCACUGCUGCAGGACAUGGAAAGGCUCUUCAGUGAUGGCACAUGGACAGAGGCGGAGGUCGCGAAGGCGUGCGACACCUGGAAGGCCCGACAACAAGACGCCCACAGAGUAACCCUGAAGAAGCUAGCCAACUCCGUGGAGGUGGUCGUAGACAAGAACCUCAGCGACCUGGGUGAGAGCGAUCAGCUGGACUUCAAGAGGCUGCGUCCCCAGAUAGAGGAAGCCUGGCGAAGUGCGGAGAGAGGUGGUAGACAGGACAAAGUCAAUUCAAAGCUGGAGAAGCGUGCAAAGGCUCAGGUUUUGAAGGAUGGCGACGGACUAUUGCAGGAUCUUCAAGGGAUGUUUGAUGUAGCCUGGUCAAGGUGCUACGGGGAAGAUCUCAGGCCUGAAUUCGAGAGCCGAUGUUCCAAAUGGGCGCAUAGGACGCUCCAGGAACGUGGCCUUGGUGAAGACUCGGAGCUGGCGCGGACUCUGCAAGGCUUCGUGGAUGCGGCAAGGCAGGUGCUGGUGACCCAGGGCGCGGGGAUGCCUGCAGAUAUGGCUUUUCACGAGAAGAUGCAGUCGGAGAUCAAGGAUCUCUGGAAGCGACAGGUUCAUGGGGAACAGCCACGCAGCCGGCCUGGAGUAAAGUUGGAUCGGCACAGCCGGAGUCAGGCGGUGGCAGACGGUGAACAGCUGCUGCGGGAAUUGGAGGACCUCUUCAAGGGAAGUUGGGCCCGACCGGGCGCCAACUUGUUGAGUGACGUGUCGCAGAGCUGCGCCGACUGGAAGGCGCGACAGUUGGCUGCGAGAGGCGUGGGUGAGGACUCUGAACUGGGCGCCUGGUUACAGAAGCUGCUGGACUCGCUGCAGGGAGUCCUGCAGCCGGAGGGUGAGGCCUCGGGUUCUGAUUUCAUCCGCCUGCGACCUCAGAUACAGGGAGCUUGGCGACAGCACCUGGCUGAAGCAAACGGGCAGGACUCUUCCACCUCACCCGAGAAGGCUCGACAUCGGGAGGACCGGAACCGGAGCCGCAGCCGACCUCGCUCAUCACCUGACCUUGCAAAGGCUGACCGAGCUCGAGAGGAGCUUCUGCAGAAACUCGAGGGGAUUCUGCAAAACACAGACAGCGACGAGCGCAAGAUGCUCGAGGUUCAAAGGCUGCUGCAACACUGGCAACGGUAUCAGGCGUCCGAGAAUGUCGACACGAUCACUGCCGAACUACUGCGCAGCCUGGCCGAUGCCGCAGAAAGCGCAGCGAAGAGCAGCCUGAAAGAGGUGGUUCCAGCUAUUCAGGACACUUGGCAACGUUGCAGUGCUCAGCUAUCCAAG